AUGCGGAACACACUAAAAGUAUUCGGCAUCCUAGCAAUAUUUUUCACCUGGAGAUUAUGUGAUUCUGUCACCUACAAACUCACAAAUGUGAAAUGCGAAAGCUUCAACAAAUCGUGGGUUACGAUUAAUGAGUGCCGCUUGAAGGCGAUCAGUCGAAAUAAAACUAUUUUCAAUUUCAAUGCAACGUUUCAUCAUCCUGCUAGCCACAUUUAUUUAGACUAUGAAUUCUUUAAAAGGGAGAGUGGAUAUAAGCCAUGGCUGUACAAGAAAAGGAUAGACUGCUGUCGAUUUCUAAGGAAGCCGUAUGAUGCGUUGAGUAUAUUGAUAUGGAAUAUUUAUAAGGACGUUUCAAACCUCAAUCACACUUGCCCCCUUACUGGAGAUAUUCUUAUAAGGGGAAUGUAUCUAACGUCACAGAUUAAAACACUUCCGUAUCCAACCGGCGAAUAUAUGUUGCAAAUGAGUUGGCUAUUCUAUCGGCAAGUUCAGUUCGUAACCAACGUUAGUUACCAAUUCAUUGAAAGUCCCUUUUAA